AUGAGUUUAGUUGUAUACGGUGACAAUAAUGGAGAAGAUGAUUCGUCUGUAAUACUAUAUGAUCCAAGCUCUAGAUCCCUAGUAUUUUUGAAUCAAAACUCCGGAGAGAUAUCUUUAGUUCGACAAAUAAGGGGACCGACAGGCUUGCAGUCUUCAGAUGGGCCGAUUGGCGCCAUUUCAUCAUUUCAUUGUCCACAAUGUGGAAGUGAAGUGGGGACCAGUAGAGAUUUUACGUCUCCUGUAUCCCCCUACGAGGCAGACAAAAGCCUCUUUGUGCACAAAAAUUACUUCAAACUCUUGGAACAAAAUGGAUCUAGAAGGCCCUCCUUUUCUUUGGCAUCAUCAUUUAUCCCCUCUGAUCUUUUUACACCCGACUAUUAUCGACGAUUCUUCCAAGAGCUUUCUUUGCUUGGAAAUGGAGCCCGGGGCUCCGUCUACAAAGUGGAGCAUGUACUACUCAAUAAUCAUUUGGGUAUAUAUGCACUCAAAAAGAUACCGAUUGGCAACGAUCUAUCCUGGCUGGAGCGUGGAAUUCAAGAGGUGAAAUUUCUUAGCUCGCUUACACAUAAAAGCGCUAAUCUUAUAACUUACAAUCACGUUUGGCUGGAGAUGGACUCCGCAUGUGGAAUUGUACAAGCAAGCGAUGGAAAGGAUUGUGGUACACCUGAGAAUAUUCCUUGUAUAUUCAUUUUACAGCAAUUUUGUCCAGGAGGUAACCUUGAGGAUGUUAUUUACAAGAAGGUAUUUGGCAAAGACUCUGACCAUGAGUCUCCAGAAGAAAGGAAGAGAAAAUUCAAGUUGCAAAGAAGACAUAAGGCAUCCCAAACUGCUCAACGAGGGCUAAGAUCUGAGCAAAUUGUCUCCAUUAUGCUUGAUUUAUCCUCUGGGCUACAGGAGCUUCACAACCUUAAUAUAAUCCACCGUGAUCUAAAACCAUCUAAUUGUUUAUUGUUAGAAGAAUUUGACAACAACUCCGAUGAAUUGUCUUAUAGCGGGAGAGCUUUUCCAACUGUCUUGAUAAGUGACUUUGGAGAAAGCCAGUUGUGCGGACAACUACGCUCAGCUACGGGUGCUACUGGUACACCCGAAUUUACAGCGCCAGAAGUCUUGAUUUUAGAUCCUAAUGAUCAUUCUUUCCCCCAAUUUACGUUUCAAUCAGACAUGUUCUCUUUGGGAAUGAUCUGUUAUUUUUUGGUUUUUGGAGAGCUUCCAUUCUCCAGCCAGUGCAGCAUGCCGGAACUUAAACGCAGCAUUAGCCGUUUCAGAUUUAAAAAGGAAGAGCUAUGGAAUAUGCACAAUCAUUUAAACCUACGUGAAAUUGAUCCAGCUAUAUUUGACUUGAUGGAAUCUUUACUCUCUCAGGAAGAAAGUAAACGACCAACUGCUAAGGAAACAAAGCUUAUGCUCGAAAAAAUUAUGCAUAAAGAUGAUCAAACAAAUUCCGAAAUCGACCCAAGCUCGCCGUUGUCGUCGGCCGAAAUCAAAACUUUUACGGAAGAGUUGAAUGCCAAGAAAACGGCCAUAGUUUCGCUACACUGUUCGCCUAUCUUAUGGAAUAUUGCUAAUAGUCUACUUGCCUUUUUUGCAGUAUUUGGACAACCUUCUGCAAACUACUUGCCAUAUCUUUGUGUUUUUAUAUUAGGUAUGUCAUUAAGAUCAUCACCACCUGUCAGGAAGUACUUUUUCUUCGUUAUGGUACUUCUUGUACUCGCCAUGCAUUUCAUGGUGUAG